UGUUUUUGUCUCAGUACAAUGAAAUUUUGGGCAGGGGUGCCUUCAAGACUGUUUAUAGAGCAUUCGAUGAAGUUGAUGGAAUAGAAGUUGCAUGGAACCAAGUUAAGAUUGAUGGCCUCUUACAUUCAGUGGAUGAUCUUGCAAAAUUGUAUUCUGAAGUUCAUCUAUUGAAGUCUUUAAACCAUGAAAAUAUCAUUAAGUUCUACGAUUCCUGGAUUGAUGAUAAGCAGAAAACCGUUAACAUGAUCACUGAACUCUUCACAUCUGGAAGCUUAAGACAGUACCGUAAGAAGCAUAAAUAUGUUGAAAUGAAAGCCAUAAAAGGUUGGGCCAGACAGAUUCUUCAAGGCUUAGUAUAUCUUCACGGUCACAAGCCCCCUAUUAUUCACCGAGACUUGAAAUGUGACAACAUCUUUGUGAAUGGAAACCAAGGCGAAGUUAAGAUAGGUGAUCUCGGUUUGGCAAUCGUCAUGCAGCAGCCAACUGCUCGGAGCGUUAUUGGGACACCGGAGUUUAUGGCUCCUGAAUUAUAUGAAGAGGAGUACAAUGAACUUGUUGACAUCUAUUCUUUUGGGAUGUCAAUAUUGGAGAUGGUUACUCUUGAGUAUCCCUAUAACGAAUGUACCAACCCAGCUCAAAUAUUUAAGAAAGUUACCUCGGGCAUCAAACCUGCUUCCCUUAAUAAAGUGAGUGACCCUCAAAUUAAGGAGUUUAUCGAGAAAUGCCUGGUUCCAGCAUCUGAGAGAUUGUCUGCAGAGGAACUUCUUAAAGACCCAUUUCUACAAAUUGAUAGUCCAAAGGAUCCAUUCCCGUCUCCUAUUAAAGUCCCAAGAGCUGCAAAUAGGUCAAAGCCCGAAUCUAUGGACAUCGAUGCUGAAUACAAACAGUUUUCCGGUAGUAUCUACAGUGAAAGCAGCCAGGGAAGUCCGCAUUUUCCUGUUUUUGAAGUCCAAAGGACUAAUAAGAACAAUGAGUUUAGGUUAAAAGGGACUAAAAAUGAUGAUAACUCGGUAUCGUUGACCUUGCGUAUUGCGGAUACAUGCGGUCGAGUAAGGAAUAUACAUUUUCUCUUUUACCUUGAUACAGACACUGCAGUCUCCGUGGCCUCAGAAAUGGUUGAACAUUUGGAACUGGCACAUCAUGAUGUGGCUUUCAUAGCCGAGCUUAUUGAUUACUUGAUAAUGAAACUUCUUCCUUUGUGGAAACCUUCUCGUGAUCAUAACACAACCGGAGAAAUAAGUCUUUGUAGUGGUUCUACAAUUGUCGAUAGCCAAAGCUUAACGGCAUGCCCUUGGAGUUCUAUCUUAACUAGUAUUCCCUCUGAAACUGUUGGUGGUCAAGAUGGCUUUUCUGGGUUUAAUAGCUGUUUUUACAAAAAUGCAUAUAAUGCUAUUUUUGAGGGUGACUCUAAUUCUUAUUGUUUGGUUAACUCAGUAGAUCAAUAUUCACGAGGAUCGGGAGUUUCUGAGAUAGCUGUUGAGGAUGUUUCAAUGGAAAAUGAAAAUUGUCAUGAUUCCAAAUUUUUUGGUGCUGGAUAUUUUAAAUGCCUAAAAAGGUCGAUAACUGGGCUUGAAGUUGGUGAUGCGUAUUUCGAAAACUGUAAAUCGCAGGCAGCAGACUACAAUGUCAGCGAAAGCACUAUGAACUUAAAAUCAUCAAAUGAUGCGAGCUUGUCAAGUAGUUCUUGUUCUCUGUCAUCAACUGAAAAGGAUAAUGAUCUUGAGCUAAAGCUUGAACUUGAUGCAAUUGAGUCACAAUAUCAGCAUUGGAUUGAGGAACUCACUAGAAUGAAAUUGGAGGCAUUGGAAGCCACCAGAAGGAAAUGGAUGGCCAAGAAGAAAGUAGCUAUUCAUUGAUUUUGAGCUUGUUGAUUAACUAACUAUGUAUAGCACCAGGGGCGGCCUAGGCCCAUGUGCGACAUGGGCCGUGGCACAAGGUCUCUUAAAAUCGAGGGCCUCAAAAAAAAUUUAUAGGGUAGUAGUAUUAGUAAGUUAGGGGGUGUAAAAAUUAAUUAUGUAUGUUAGAAAAUGUUGUAAAGGCCCAGCCCAACAAUAUUUUCCUAACGAAAAAAAAAAAGCAGCAAAGAAGCAGCCCAACAAUGUUUUCCUAAUGUAAUGCGUCAAAAAAAAAAACAAAGUUUUCCUAACGAAAAAAAAAAAGCAGCAAAAAGUAGC